AUCUCUGCUGAAGUUCCGGGCUGCUCCGACCAGCCGGGACAGCCAGGUCACAGGUGACAAGGAUAAGAACUGUCAUCCUGAAGCUGUAGAGCGGCCAUCUCCCUGGCUCUGGGUCACAGCUCUCAGGAUGGAGCAGGCAAUGCUGCAGAUGCUUGUUCUGUGGGCGCUGGGAAUGCACUACCAGUGUGCCUCAGGUUUCCCGGUGUACGACUUCAACCCUUCCUCCCUGCAGGAGGCCCUCAAGGCCUCGGUGGCGAAGGUGAACUCGCAGUCCCUGAGUCCUUACCUCUUUCAGGCGACCCGGAACUCCUUGAAAAGAGUCAAUGUCCUGGAUGAAGACACCGUGGUCAUGAACUUGGAGUUCAGUGUUCAGGAAACGACAUGCCUGAGAGAUUCCGGCGAUCCCUCCUCCUGUACAUUCCGAAGGGGCUUCUAUGUGCCAACAGCUGCUUGCCGGAGCACCGUGCAGAUGUCCCAGGGGCAGGUGCAGGAUGUGUGGGCUCAUUGCCGCUGGGCCUCUGCAUCCGAGUCCAACAGCAGUGAAGAGAUGAUUUUUGGGGACAUGCCAAGAUCCUAUAGACGGAGAAAUGAUUAUCUGCUGGGUUUUCUUACGGAUGAAUUCAGAAAUGAACGAGUCCAGGACCGGUCACUUGAGAGAGUGAGAAGGGGACAUCUUCCUUCACAUAGAAGGUUCCAAAAUCUCCAUCAUAGAGCAAGAGUAAACUUUGGCUUUGAGUGACAUCCUGGAGAUUACAGAAUCAACAGUCGCAUCAGGUGUGACACUCUUGCAUUCUUUGGAGGUCCUGGGAACACGCACACGACUUUGUAGACAGUGUUUACUCCUUUGUCAGUUCACAUCUGGGAAUUACAAGUUGCCCAGAGUUCAAAUGUUUAGUGCUUUUCUUGUGUUUCCUGCCUGGAAUGUCUCAGUAUGGCCUGUUGACAACCUGCCAUGGAUCAGUGUCCCUCUGUCACCUGGGUUCCUCCUGUGGGGAGAGCUGGCUAUCAGCCCCCAGCCUUUAUAAGGUUCCUCGGCCUGGAUAUCAGUCAAGGUCUUGCGUUUGGAAGGGUCUUCCUCAGACUUUCUGUUGUAGGUCAUUUUCCUCUCCAGACUUGCCGUAAGCGAUGGAAUUCUGAUCAUGUGAAUAAUUCGUGCGUGUCUUAUAAUAAGGGGUCUCAUUUCUUCAGUGGUUAUGGGCUGUUGGUAGCAGUAGAGAAUGCAUGUAAGGGAAAUGGGAACAUCUUAAGGUAAGAAUUACUCUGCGGGUUGCUGCCUACUGCAGAUGGGGUCCAGGUCUAGUCUAGCCCUUCAAAGUGAAACUAGGAUUAAAUCUGAAAACUAGGGUUUAAAGUGACUGAUUCUGAGUUUUCAAGACUACAUCUAGUUUCCCCUCCCCUCUUUUCCCUCCCCUCCCCUUCCCUUCUUUUCUUGUUUUUCCCAGCAUGCCUACCACAAUAGAUGCUUUAGAAAACAGAGGAGAAUCUGAGUGAGGGUGUGGUGUUUGCGCAGAGCCCACUGACCUUUGAAGUCUAAGCGCAGCCUGCAAGAGGUUGCAGUGUGGUCAAGGGCCCAGCCGUGGUUGCUAUGGUAACAGCUGCAGCCACCAGUCCAAGUAGCACAUGAUCUCUUGUUGGAGUGCAUCCCAGGGGCUUACAGAAUGACUCAGGGAUAGGGGAGAACCAGAAAUAUCUUCGUCUGUCUGGGCGGCUAUAACCAGAUACCACAGACUGAGUGCCUUAAGUAAUAGAAAUUUAUUUUUGUGGGUCUAGGUCUGGGAAGUCCAAGAUCAUGGUGCCAACAGUUCCUGGUGAAUGCUCUCUUCAGGGCUUGCAGAUGGCUCCACACAGUGGAGAGCAAGCCCUUCCUCCACUUCUCCUUCUUAGAAGGACACCAGUCUGGCCCUCAUGACGUCAUUUAAGACUGCUCACCUCCCAAAUAUCGUAUGGAGAAUUAGCAUCGCAUGGGAGGAACACAGACAUUCAUUUCAAAACAGACAAUCAUGGGGCUAGAGGGAUGGCCCAAUGGCUAAGAGCACUGACUGCUCUUUAAGAAUACUUGGGUUCAAUUCCCAGCACUUGCUGGUGGUUCACAACCUUCUGUAACUGGAGUUCCAAGGGAUCUAAGGCCCUCUUCUGGCCUCUGUGGUACAAGGAACAUUGUGGUGCACAACUAAACAUGUGUACAAAACACCCAAACACACAAUAUAAAACAAUAAGACAAAACUGAAAAGCAAAACCAAAAACCAAAACAAAGCAACCAACAAAACAACAGAAACAAGCCCUCAUGCAACAGUAGACUAAUCAGAUGCCAGGAGCUCCGAGUGCAGUCACCACCUACUCCACCCCAGUCCCUGCCCUGUGCUAUCUCAUCCCCACAACAGGGGACACAAGCCAGUUACAUUUCUGGCUUCACAGUGGCUGCCAUCUUGACGCCACUUUUCAGCUCACACUGCAAAUGAAUAGUUCCCUCCUGUCCUCCUGAAGAUGUUACAACAGAAAAGAAGCAAAGCCGUUCAAACCAGCUCGUUCUGGUGACUUGCCUAUUACCUGCACAGAAUAGUGGGACAGUGGAAGGCGUCCAUUCUGGGACCCCAGGCUUCUCAAAUGAACGUACUUGGGUUGCAUAUUCACCAAAACCCCACGUCUGCCCUAGUCCUUCUAACUCUGCUCUCACCUCCUCCCUCCACAUCCGGCAUCUCCACGCCACCCCUGAGUGUGCCCCUAACAGCUGACUUCCCCUUGCCUGGCUGAGGUUUGUUUUUCUCUGUCUGCUCUCGUGUUCUCCCAGCAUGGCAUGAGGUGUGGGUCCUGAUAUCUGUUUGGGUUUCCAGGCUUUACUUCCUUGAUGGCAUUGUCCUCUAGUGAGUCAACACCUCCAGAAAGGUGUUCUGCUUUCUGGAGAAAGCACCAGAAAGUCCCUUCUGCUCUCUGCAGUCAGUGUUAAUACACCAGGCUUUCUCCUCGCUGCUCCGUUUGUUUGUUAUGCUGGCCUCUCUCAUGGCCCCACUCAUUUCUAAAAUAGCGUUUAAGCAUGGCCUCUCAUCACCGAUAGUAGACAGCUAUGCAAUCAAUGUGUGGUUGCUAAUGGGUCUACACUGGCCAGGAGGAAAUGCCUUUUUUUUUAAGAGCCUUUGUUUUUCUAGUCUAGCAAUGUAAGGGUCUUAGAAAACCCUCUGCUGUCCUUAAAAAAACAAUGAAAAGCCAAACAGACCCCAAAUCAACAACUGCCCUUAGAUUUGUGUCGGAAGAGCACACGGGAACAAAUGGAUGUCUCCGAAGUUGGAGGGACAGACAGAUACAGAGAACCCCAACUUCACCAGAUCGAAAUCCAGGGUGAAACCGUUUUGAGGUAGAAAAACCUGAACUGUAAUCAGCAAAUUUCUAGAGGAUUGAAGUAGUCAAGUCUGAGAAUCCAAAACUCCAUGGGGACCCAUCAUAGGCACGGGUACAUUAUAAAGAUCUCCCCUGCAGACCUUCUAUAAGUCCAUACCAUGAGCACAUCUCCACCAAUACUCAUGUCUAUCUUACAGCACAAUUUAUAAAGUAUGAAAGAGAUCACACAGAGAGAGGGAGGCAGAGACAGACAGACACACAGAGAGACCGAGACGGAGAUACACAGACACAGACACCCACCCACAUACACACACAAGCAGUUUGAAGAGACCAAACAAGCAUCUAAGCCACAGUCAAAUAUAGCAGGGAUGUAUGAAUUGUCACAUUCGUGUCUGAGUGUCUUAGUUUUAUGUAUCCUUAACAGAACAUCCCAGACUGGAUGAAGUAUGAGCGAUAGAAUUUGCGUUGGUUUGUGUUUCUGGAAGCUGGGUAGUCUAAGAUUACAAGGCUGCCUCUCGUGAGGGCCCUCUCUCUGUGUUAUGGCAUAUUAGUAGGCCUCCCAUGGCCAGGAUGCACAUGAGAGAGAGGGAAAGAGCUCACACCAACUAACUCCCAGGCUAAGGGAUUCCAUCCCACAACUGUGGUCUUUUUCCACUCAUGAGCAAUAUGUUUCUACGGCCUGCUCAUGGAUGCCAUCAAAAUGACAAUUAAAUUUUGACCUGAGUUUAGAUAGGGGCAUUCAAACUACAGCAACCACGGAUUUCAAAGUUGAACAUAUUAUUAAUAUAUCAAAGCCUUUAGUAGAAAAAUUAGGUAACAUGCAAGAUCCGACAGAUGUUGUAACCAGAGAGAUGGAAACUCUAAGGAGAGAAAAAGGGAAAUAUUAGGAACCAAAAACAUCAAAACUGGAAUGAAGAAUGUAUUUGGGAGCCUCCACGUUCUGUAGACAGACUCCCUGAGGCUGAAGAUGAAUGCACAGAUGUUUCUUUUUUCCCUUUCUUUCUCCAUCUUGGAGACAGAGUUUCUCUGUGUAGCCAUGGCUGUCCUGGAACGCCAUCAAGCUGGCCUUGAACUCUGAGAUUCGCCUGCCUCUGCCCACUGAGUGCUGGGAUUAAUGGUGUGUGCCACCAUCUCCCGGCUCAAGCAAGGUGUUUCUCAAGCAAGGAGGAACCGAGCAAACACAAGAGAGAACAGAACAUCUGAAAAUUUUAGGCCAACUAUACAAAGGGGUAACCUGUGUGUGAAGAGAAAGCUAGAAGGAAAGAAAAAAGUGAGAGAAUAAACUGAACAUC